GCGGAGGAUAACACGCAUAUAAGGCAAACGCUAGACCUGAGAGUGUAUGCGUCACAACAACAAAAUUACUUUUGAACUGUCAAUUAUUGUUCAUAAAUAAAAACAAUUACACGAAUAUUAAUUUUAAGCAGAAUAAAUUAAUACUAUUAGAAGAAAAAAAAAUAUAGGACCACAAUCUCGGCAGCCAUCACUGAUCGCUCAUCUAUCUUUUUAAAAAUAUUAUAAAGAAUUUUCGCUUGUAGAAGAUAGAGUUACAGAGAAUACUGAUGACAGAAGCCAGCAAGCAAACUUGAGACUCUCAGUGAAGUCCCAACCCAACCCAAUCCAUCUGAAAGCAAAAGGAAGGCUUUUGUAUCCUAUGCCCCGCGAUGAUGGACACUUUGUCUAGCUAGACAACACCUUUCUACCUUCCUCUCUUCCUCCUCGUGUGGGAGGCCAAGAUUAUAGCUUCUUCUAUCCAUUUAUUAAUUCAGAAUAUGGAUCUGUGACUAGCAAGGAAGCGCCAACAUUUGUGGAACAGUAUGUGUAUAUAUUUAUAUUGAUUGAACAAAACUGAGCACGCCAAAAUAAACACACGUAAUGGGCUAAUGAAGAUUGAAGUGAACGGAUCCUAGAAAGUGGUGAAUUGAAAGGCUAAUCAUAGAAAGUUGUAAGUGUUCCGUACAGUGUCACUGACGGAAAGAACAUGGCGACGUACUUUCACGGAAACACUUCUGAAAUUCAAUCUUCCGCAGAUGGUUUGCAAACACUUUACCUUAUGAACCCAACUUACGUACCCUACACUGACGCGCCGCACCCACCAACGCCCAACAUGCUCCUCGUAAAUCCCAACGCGCUCAACCUCGCCAACCUCCCCCACGCGCCUUCACUCUCACCUUCCCCCAACCAACAACAGCACCUGAUCCAAGGGGUAACAAGCAUCCUCGGAUCCACUAACUCCGGGGAUCACACGCGACCUUCGUCGUUCGGAAACCAAGAGAACAUCACUACCUUCCACGGCUUCUCCUCCUCAGCCGCCGCCGCAGCUCCACGAGUUCACUAUAACUUAUGGGGUCAGGUGAUUGAUCAACCAUCGUCGGCGGCGGCAACUCCCUCUAGCAGCUCCGGCGGCGGAGGUUUCCGGCGGCCUAGUCAGCAGGGGUUGUCGCUAAGCCUUUCGUCGCAGCAAACGGCUUACAGGUCGGUUUCCGGGGAGGUCGACGUUCCGGGUCACGUAACCGGAAUCGGGAACUCUCCGUCGUCGGCGUCGAACGGAGUUUCGGGUAUGCACGGCGUCAUGUUGGGGUCUAAGUAUUUGAAAGCCGCGCAAGAGCUUCUAGAUGAAGUUGUUAACGUGGGGAAGGGAAUCUACAGAGAGGAAAAUAAAGAGAAGGUGAAAGUGAAUAGGGAAUCUACUACAUCUGGGGUUGGUGGUGAUGGUUCAAGUGGUGGGGGAGAAAACAGUGCAGGGAAACAAGUAGUUGAACUUAGCACUGCUCAGAGACAAGAACUUCAGAUGAAGAAGUCCAAGCUUGUCAGCAUGCUCGAUGAGGUAGAGCAAAGGUACAGGCAAUAUUACCACCAAAUGCAAGUUAUAAUAUCGUCAUUUGAGCAAGCCGCGGGAUUUGGGGCGGCAAAAUCUUACACAGCUCUUGCCCUAAAGACUAUAUCAAAGCAAUUUCGAUGCCUUAAAGAUGCAAUCUCAGCACAAAUAAAGGCAACGAGCAAGACAUUGGGAGAAGAUGAUUGCUUAGGAAUUAAAGUAGAAGGGUCGAGGCUUAGGUAUGUUGACCACCAUCUCCGGCAACAACGGGCACUUCAACAGCUAGGAAUGAUUCAGCCGAAUGCUUGGAGGCCCCAAAGAGGCUUACCUGAACGAGCCGUUUCUAUUCUUCGCGCUUGGCUUUUUGAGCAUUUCCUUCACCCCUAUCCAAAGGACUCCGAUAAAGUUAUGCUUGCUAAACAAACUGGACUUGCUAGGAGCCAGGUGUCAAACUGGUUUAUUAAUGCCCGAGUUCGGCUGUGGAAACCAAUGGUUGAAGAAAUGUACAUGGAAGAAAUGAAGGAGCAUGAACAAGCUAAUGGUUCAGAUAACACCAGAUCAAAAGAGUCCAGCAAGGAGUUGGGGUCAACCGCAAAUGUUGCACCGGAAUCAAUCAGUGCUAUUAAACUCGAUCAUCUCCAAUCAAAACAAGAAAGCUUCAACAACCGAAACACUACUUCUCCAACUGAGAUCUCAACAAACUCUUCAAUGUCUCCAAUUGGAGGAUCCCUUCAAUCCCACUCUGGUAAUUUCCAUUUUGCAGGUUCAUCUGACAUGCAAAUUAGGAGUCCAAACAAGCCAAGAAAUUCGGAAAUACAGAACUCUCCAAGUAGUAUCCUUUCAGUGGACAUGGAAAUGAAGCAUGGCGAGCAUGCAAAUAGAGAAGCCAACAAAAAGUUUGGUAUAGAAAGGCACCACAAAGAUGGAUACCCUUUGAUGAGUGGCAAUACAAACCAUGGUGGGGGUUUUGGAGCCUUCUUCAUGGAAGACAUUGGAAGCAGGUUCAACGUUACUACUGAACAAUUAGCUUCAAGGUUCCACGGAAAUGGUGUUUCUCUCACUCUUGGACUCCCUCACAAUGAAAACCUUCCUAUCUCAGGAACUCAACAUGGAUUUCUCUCACAGAAUAUACAUUUGGGAAGGAGACUUGAAAUGGGACCAAAUGGAAAUGAGUUUUGUGCUAUCAACACUCCACCUUCUUCUCACUCAGGCACCACUUAUGAGAGCAUCGACAUUCAAAACAGAAAGAGAUUUGCUGCUCAGUUAUUGCCAGAUUUCGUGGCCUAAGAACUGAUGGAUAGCUAGCUAGACUAGAAUUCUGAAAUUGGAUACUUAAUGAGAAGAAGAAAAUCGCAGUUCAGAUUGUUAUUCUCUAAACAUACUAAUUAACUUCCCAUAAGAGUUAGCUAGCUGCUGAAGAAUAAGUAACGGAGAGGAGCAUUGUUUUUACAUACACAGUCACUGAUUUAUGAAAUAUGUCAUGAUUCUGGUAUAUUGAUAUCCCUGGCAUGGGAGGGGAAGCUUGCUUCCGGUAAAGAUGGGAUAUAUAGUAGUACAGGACUAUACUUGCAGAGAUUAAUAUUUCAGUUAGCUAAUUAUUAUGAUAGGACACUUAAUUGGGGGAGGGUAUAUAUAUAUAUAUUGUAUAUGGUAUUGGAUAUAGCCAGGUACGUAGAAGGAUUUGAAUGAUUUCUUUUGAUUUGGUAUAUAUAUAAAUAUAUCUGCACGAGAGUUAUUUGGGUAAA